AUGACAAUUGUUAACCAACCGGUCAAUGUUGCCCACUUUCAGUUACACCCGACAACAAUACGACAACUAGAAAAGAAACCAUUCUCUGGAAGAAUCAAUGAAGAUGCAAAUAAGCACUUACAAAGGUUUAUUACUAUGACAACGUCACUAAAGAUAGAGGGGCAUUCUGAAGAAGCCAAGAAAUUGGUGGUGUUUCCAUUUACAUUGUCAGACGAUGCUGAAGAGUGGUUUUACUCUUUACCUGCUAGAAGUAUUACAACUUGGCAACAAAUGGAGACAACAUUUCUGAAUGAAUGUUUUCCAGCUUCUGUGUAUAUCCGUAAAAGAUAUGAUAUAAAUUUUGUGAAUGGUCUUAAGCUUAAGACUAAACAACUAAUUGACACAGUUGCUGGUGGUUCAACGAAUUUUAAAACAGCCACUGAGAUAAAGAAGAUCAUUGAUGCUAUUGCAGCAAACGAACACUUAGAGUUGUAUGACCGCAGUGUAAAUCAACCAGAAGGGUUAGUUGAUUUGAAGUUGUCAAAUCAAGUUGUUAAGAUGGAAGAUCAGAUCGCAGCUGAAGUUGAGUGCAGAUUAAAACAAAUGGCUCUUGAGAAACAAACGGUGGCUCAAAUUCAGCCGGCUCAACCGAUUCAAGCAAUGAAUUGUGAAAUAUGUGGAGGACCUCACUUUACCGUGCAUUGUGUGCAACCUCAACAACAAUUCCAGCAACAAGGGCCAAGAAAAGCGGAUUGGGAGAUUGCCAUUGAAAAAAUUGCUGCUCAAAGCUCCCAAUUUCAAGAAGAAACAAGAAGUAAUUUUCGGAAUACGGGAGCAUCAAUUAAAGAUCUUGAAAUUCAGAUGAGUCAAAUAGCACAACAAUUGGCAAGUCCUCAGCAACCUGGUGCUCUACCUAGUGCCACGGUUACGAAUCCCAAAGACCAUAAUAAUGUGAGCGCUAUAGUAACUAGAAGUGGUAAAGCGAAAGAAGUUGUAGAGGAGAGUGCUGAAGAAGAAGAGCCAUUGCUUUAA